AUGUUUGGCAUGAAGUCUACCGAAGCUACGCCACGUGGCCGUAUCGUCAAAGUUGGUAUCAUAGGGUGUGGUAUGAUCACGCAAGUCGUCCAUGUGCCCUCUCUGAACUCCUUGUCCCAUCUAUUUCAGGUUACAUACCUUUGCGAUGCCUCUGAGGAAGCUAUGAGACAUAGUCAGCUCAAAGUCGCAGGUAACUCGAGGCCUAAGUCUACCCGAAAUGUCGAAGAACUUUGCAAUGCGCCGGAAGUGGAACUAGUAUUGAUAGCAAAUAAUCAUGCUUUCCACGCAUCCGACGCAGUACUCGCGCUGCAAGCAAAGAAAUACGUCUUUAUCGAGAAGCCAAUAGCUCUAACUUUGCAAGAUACGGACCGUAUUAUAGCUGCGGACAAGGCGGCAGGUGGCUCCAGAGUAUUUAUUGGUUACAUGAGGAGAUACGCUGCAGCUUUUGUCGACGCAGUCAAAGAGGUUGGAACAAUCGGACAAAUACGUUAUGCUCGUGUCCGAGAUAUUAUCGGACCAAAUUCUGUCUUCGUGGAGCAAUCUGGAACGUAUCCAAGGAUAUUUAACGAUUAUCGCGAGGCGGAUUCCGAAACGCUACGUACAAAAACACUUGACGACAUAGAGCAAGCCCUUCAAACGGAGCUUGGAAUCACCGUCACAAAGGAGACGAAUAUAAUGUGGGAGAUGCUCUCUAUCCUCGGUUCACAUGAUCUGAGUGCCAUGCGGGAGAUUAUGGGUAUGCCCAAAGGUGUUGUAGGAUUCUCACCUUGUGUCACUAUCGGGUCCCCAUUUUGGAGUGCAAUUUUCCAAUACCCUAACUUCGCGGUUGCAUACGAGUCCGGUGUCGAUCAGGUCGCAAGAUUCGACGCCUCGAUAGAGAUUUUUGGUGACGCAAAGACCGUGAAGAUGUGCAUCGAUUCCCCAUUUAUCAAAGGUUUACCGACAACAAUGGUGGUUAAGGAGACUUUACCAGACGGGUCGUAUAGGGAAUCCACUACGCGGCGGACAUACGAGGAUCCUUUCAUGCUCCAGCUAAAAGAGGUAUACCAAUGGGUCGCAGAGGGGAAGAUGCCAAAAACUACCCCGUCUGAUGCUAGACAGGACCUCGAGAUCUUGGGGAUGCUUAUGAAAGCUGCGACGGCAUGA